AUGCUCCAACCCAUGCCAACAAGUGUCCAAAACUCGCGAUCCAGUAAAGUACUCGUACAACUUCAACAAGAUUGGGAGUCCAUUCAAAAAGAACUAGCCGCCACCCGAUCGCAGCUGGAUACAGUACGUGAAUCGAAAAAAAAGUACCAAUUGGAGGCACAGGAAUAUGCAGAGAGCAACACACAGCAUCGUUCAGAGAUCCAGAGCUUGAUGCGUACAUUGGACAGCAAACAGCAGCAACUAAAUCAGUCCAAACGAUCGUCGCAGGAUAUGGAGAGCGAGGUCAAGCGACUAAAGCAAGAAGCGGCCAAGGCACGAAAGGAAUUGGAUGCAGCCAUGGAAAAGCACAAGUUUGUUACUGAGGAAAAGGCACGACUUGAUCAGCAUUAUAAGGUUUUGGAAGAAUCCAUGGCUUCUGGCCCACAACGAGAAGUGGAUCGACUUCGACAAGAACUUCGUGUCGUCAAUGCGCAACUAGCGAUUGUAGCUGAACGAUGUCAUUUGGCUUCCAAGAUACAUGAAACACGAGCCUAUCAAUGGGUUGAAGAACAGCAACAGCGACUCGAUGCAUUGCGGAGGAUGCGUGAUCAAGUCCAAUCCAACACUGAAGCUUUUGUGGAUCAUGUGCGUUCGGAAUUAGAAGCACUUGCUGGUAACGUGCAGGAGACAGAUGGUGAUUUGCAAUCCGCCGUCGAAAGAUGUCAAUCCGAUAUGGAACGUUUGAUCGUAAGCAUUCGCACCUAUGCAGAACAUCCUGAUGAAGAAAAUCAAUGA